UGCCUGCAUGUCCUCACCUUCUGCGCCGCACAUCUCAGUCUCUCUUUGUGCUUGCAUUACGACUCGUUGAAACGAGCGAGAAAGUUUUUUUCGCUGGAAAAUUUUUGGUUUUUGCCGAUGGAUCCAGUGAGAGUCGCGGGGACGCUGUGGAAUGUUUUGUACUAUUUAGCCGGAGCGGUCAGCCGAUUCCUCAGGCCGGGACCUUUUAACAUCACCAGUCAUGAUCUGCUCCAAGAAUCCAUGGCUGAACGUGGCUUCGGCGGCGACGCUCACACCGCGGGCGUCUGUCAGGAUCAGUCUGACGAGGUGGCGCGUGAGCCGAGUGCACCGCUGCCCGCUCGGGCCGGUGAAAAAACCCAAAACGCCGCAACGGAGGGCGAGGAGAACUUGCCCGCAGACCAUCGACCCACAGAUGAGCAGACGUCAGACGUCAACGGAGAAGACGACGCGCCGACGCGCGCGACCGAGAUGGACGCGGCGACCAUCGCGGUCCACCUGAACCACCGCGCUGAUGGUAGCGAGAGGCAAAUCAAAUCGACAAAUGUCAACGGACGGUCCGACGCGGUGACGGGCGAACGAGUUGGGGCGGACGAAGACGCUUCCGAGGAAGAAGCGGAGGCCGAGCCGGCGCGGGAAAUCGGCGAAGCCUUCGCAAAUCUGCCCUCCCGCGAGUGCGACGCUGAGCCUUUUGCACGUGGAAAUAAAACGCAAGUCUUCCUGCCGGUCGAGAAGUCGGAGGAAAACCCGACCCGGCGGGAUUCGCGCGAAGAGGCGGCCGGCCGACCGAAAGGCCCCGCCGGAGAAACCGAGGCCACUCGCGCCACUUCCAAGACGGGAGUCCAACUCCCGGAGGGGGAAUCGGCUGCCAGUGACGCGGAAGACCUUCAGGGGGGCGCGGAAGCGCUCGCUUCCGAGACCGGGUGGGGACCGCUCGGAUUCUCCCGCGACGAAGAGCGGAUGGGGGCGGGGGGCGGCCUCGGCGGAUGCUCGCUGAAACCUGAAAGCUGUGCUGUGAGGGAGCAAAGGUCAGAGGAGGUCACAAAAUACGCAAAGGAUCCGCUCGUGUCCAAGGUCAAGCGGGGGUUGAACGAGACCCCAACCGCUCGGGAUCUCCGGACGACGAGAACCGAGGAAACGACGCUGUGCUCAGACGGCCGACGUCGAGAGGCCCUUCUCGAUACGAGCGCUCGGCCCGAAGGCCACUUUGACUCCAAACAAGACGACUUCUCAAAUGAGUCUCGCUACGACGCAGAAAGCUUCAGCAUCAUAUCGUCGCCCGAGUCGGGCUUCUCGGACCGCUCCUUCGGCGAGUCCCGCGCGGCCGCUUUUGCGCUCGAGCAAGAAGUUCUUGAGAUGAAGUCCUUGGAAAUCCCCAAGAGCGAUUCCGAGGAGGAAGCGGCCAGCUUUUCCGGCGAGCAGACGAUCGCGCCAUCGGCGGACGAGCCCGAGUGUCAACUUGAGCCGAGCGGCUCGCUGCUGAACUUUGCCCCCCAAAGGUCAAGGAUGGCCGUGAAGAACCCCCGCGUCAGGCCGCCCAAAGAUCGCCGCUCGCUUCUCCAAAGGCCCUCGGCGCCCGCCGCGAGCUCUCCGCCGCCCCAGCCGCCAUCCAAAAUCCCCGUCGGCGUUCACGUCUUGGGAGGUUUCAGGUUGGGAAUCCAACUGCCCGGGCUCGGUGCAGCGUUUCCUGUCGCCAAAAAGUUGCCGCCGAUGGGCUCUGAAAAUUCAGCCGGGUCGAGGGCGCCGCACCGACAGGAAGCCGAGCUCAAAGCGGCGCCGAAGGCCGACGCCGCCAAACAAGCCGGCGGGCCGCCUGGACCAAAAUGGAUGCCGCCGAGACAAGCGGGAUUGGGAAAUCCAUUCAUGUCAGAGCUCAAGACCAAAUUGAAGAAAGCCACCAAAAACUGAGAUGAACUCCAAUUUUCCGGGAAAUAUCCCGAGAUGAUGUUUGUGCCGAGAUGAAUAUCGCCAUUAUUGUUCUCAUUGUAAUAAAGUCAAAAGCAAGCUCUUAA